UCAAUAGGUCAGUGUUACAUGUCUCUGCCUUUUCCUUGGAAUGCGUUUUGCACGUGUCAAUCUGUCAAACAGAAUUUAUAACCUAGAAAUGGAAAGAUAAAGGGAAUUAACAUUUUCUAGGUAUAUUUUUCUGUAUAAAACAAUGGAUCCAACAGAGGAAGCAUUUACAAAAAUAGUACAGCAUAUUUUCAACAAUUGGACAGCCCUACGUCUUGCUGUUGAACAUAGUAUGGGUGGCUGCGACAGCAAACAGACAGCUUUAGAUUUCAUGAAUUACAUGGUUCAGUUCUGUUUGUAUGAAAGAAAUGUGGAUGUCGGCAAAAUUCAGGAAGCACUAGAAGAUAUUUUAGAUGAAGAAUUUGAAACUAUUUGUGAAGAUGGUUCAACACAAGAAGUAGCAGUUGUACUUCACAAGUUCUUGAAACUAUUAAGAGAUGGCAAUCUACAAGACUGUGAAACCGAGUAUCAAAAACUGCCAACAAUAAAUGCAGAAUGGUUAAAGAGUAAUAUUGAACAAGUGAAGAAAACCAUGCUAGAGACCAGUUCAUCUAGUGAAGAUGAAGAAGAACAAAAUACAUCAACUGCUAGACCAACAACAAAUCAAAGACCUCCAAGUUUACCUACAGUUAAUGAAACUCCAAUGGAUGAAGAUGGAUGGACAGAAGUUAGAAAUAAGAAGAAAAGAUAGUUAUAAUUUUAAUAAAAAUACUUCAUAUAAAAGCUCUCAGGAUUUUGCUAUAGUUCCUAAAAACUCCUUUUAAAAUCCUAUUGUUGCAACAUCCAGUUUAGAAUAUUGUGUAACAGAUGUUAAAAGUUCUUGUUGAUCUGGACUUGGUUCCUAC